CCCCUCCGUUGGAGAUUGGGGGCAGUGCCAAACUCUAAGCCCUCCCAAGAGGCAGAAGGGGGGGAGGAAGAGGAGGCCUUCUCCUCCUCCUCUUCCUCCUCCGGGGACUCCUCCCCCGCUCGGCCACUAAGGGGGGGGGGCGAGAGGAAGAGGCGGCCGGAGAAAAGAGGGCCGCUGCUACUACUCCUACUACUCCUACUACUCCUGCUCCUAGCACCGCCGCCAUGACCCUGGGCUGCAGCAACGGGAGCAGCCGCGCCUGCAGCUUGUUGGCGGCUACCUCUCCGGUGGUGACUGCCUCGGACGAGGAGGAGGGGCUCUCGGAGGACGUGGAGGACGCCGACAUCGACGUGGUGGGCCCCCCCCACGAACAUGGCCAGGCCAAGUUCAGCGAGGAGGAGGAGGAGGAAGAGGAAGAAGACGAGGAGGAACUGCGUCUGCUUCGGAAGCUGCCUGAGGCCACGGCGCUGGGGGACAGCCGACCCACCCCGGCCGCCUCCGCUUUGCUGCCGCCCGAGGCUGCCCCGACGUCUGCUUCUGCCGCUCCGGUUGUGCCAGCGUCCUCCUCGUCCUCCUCGUCGUCCUCUGGAGGAGGCGGCGGUGGGAAGAACCCCCUGGUGAAGCCGCCUUACUCCUACAUCGCCCUGAUCACCAUGGCCAUCCUGCAGAGCCCCAAGAAGCGGCUGACGCUGAGCGAGAUCUGCGAGUUCAUCAGCGGGCGCUUCCCGUACUACCGGGAGAAGUUCCCCGCCUGGCAGAACUCCAUCCGACACAACCUCUCGCUCAACGACUGCUUCGUCAAGAUCCCCCGGGAGCCCGGCAACCCGGGCAAAGGCAACUACUGGACCUUGGACCCGGAGUCGGCCGACAUGUUCGACAACGGCUCCUUCCUCCGGCGGAGGAAGCGCUUCAAGCGGCAGCAGCAGCAGCUCCACCCGCAGCCCCCGGAGCUCCUCCUGCGCGCCGCUGUAGCCGACUCUGCUGCCGCUGCGGCCGCCUUCCUCCCAGGCUUCGCUUACGGACCCUACGGCUACAACUACGGGCUCCAGCUGCAGAGUUUCCACCACCACCACCACCAUCACCACCACCCGGGAGCAGGGCCAGGAGUAGCGGGAGGAGGAGGAGGGAAUGCUGGCGGUGGGGCCACGGGGACUUUCCCUUUCCAGCCCCCGCCGUGCGCCCUGCCUGCCCCGCCGGUGGCUUCGUCGGUGGCUGCCCCGUCGGUCUUCUCCUCCUUCUUAGGGGGCGAGCUGAGUUGUCGGAAAGCCUUCUACCCCGCCGGGCAGCUCAGCCCCACCGCCUCCCUCCUGCAGAGCCUCAAGACGGACCAGACGGGGCCCGGCAACAGGCCCUCCUCCUUUUCCAUAGACAAUCUCAUCGGCGGGGCUGGUGGAUCCGGCCCUCCGCCCUCCAGUAACUCCACCACCACCAUCACCACCAGCAGCAGCAGCAGCACCGCCGGGGGUCAAGCCCAGGUCCUGGCCAUGCUUUCCCCGGCCCUGGCUCCCUUGCCGAGCCAUUUGAACCUGACCCACGAAUCCCUCCUCCAGUCAGGGCAGAACUUUGCCAGCAAACUCACAAACCUCAGCAGUUGCCCUUUUUAGAGAAAGCCUCCAGACACCAGGAACCCCCCCUCCUCCCCUCUCCAUCUGUCUUUAUCCCUCCUUUCACCAUCACCACCCCCUCGCCCCUCUCCACUCUCACAAUUGCCUUCCUAUUGUGUUUUAAAAAGGUAGGAACUCUUCCUUUUUUAAAAAAGAAAAGAAAAGAAAGAAAAAUAACCUGUUUGACGUCUGGAUCGAUAUUUGGGUGUGUGUGUAUGUGUGCGCGUGUGUCUGUCUCCCUGCCUGUUCAAGAUCGGUGUUUUUAGGAGCGGAUGGGGGCUGGGGAGGAAUCUCAGGUCCAAAACACACUACAGAAAUAAUCCGGUUUCAGACCGCUUUGCCCUGAGUCACUGCUAGGGAAUUCCGGGUGACAUUAUAGUUUUCUGAGUCACUGCUAGGGAAUUCCGGGUGACAUUAUAGUUUUCUCGCCACAAUAAACUGCAGCUAGCACUGAGCGCGGGCUCAAACUGGAUUAUUUCUGCAGUGUGUUUUGGACCUGAAACGAUCCAUUUCAAAUCAAUCUUCUGGUGGCUUGAAUAAAUAAAUGAAUUGCCGGGGAUAGUUUAAUUAAGGUUGCAGUCCUAAGCCAUUUACCAGCAGCAGUUUCAGCGGUUGGGGAUCCAAGGUGUGUAGAGGAAUGGCAACAUUUAAUUAUUAUACCAACCUUUAUAUUACUAUGGUUCAAGAGUGGUCCCUUAAUAUUUUGCAAAACUGUAGCGGAGUUAAGUGGUUUGAGAGCGGUGCCUUUUCUGUCCAACCCUUUGAGGUUUUCGAAAGAUCCCCUCCCUCCGCUGUCCACUUCAAGCCUAACCGUGGAUGCAUCUACACUGCAGAAACAAUGCGGGUUGACAUCCCUUUAGCUGCCAUGGCUCAAGGGUAUCGAAUCCUGGGAUUUGUAGUUUGUUGUGGCAACGUAGCUCCCCGACAGAGAAGGCUAAAUGUCUGGCAAAACUACCCGAAUUUCCGUAGUACUGAGUCGUGGCAGCUAAAGCAGUGUCAAACCGGUUUACAUCUGCAGUGCAGAUGCGUCCCUAACGAAGGGAUGCUCAUGCUUGUUUCCUGGAAGCAAGUCCCUCUGAAUUCGGAGCGAGGUAUUCCCAUGUCUGUAUGCCUCGGAUUGCAGCCUUUAUGUGGGUGGCGGACCAGUAAUAUUGCUUCUCUUUUGCAUCCCUAGAGAGUUCCUGACGCCCUUCAUUUUCCUCUUCUGUCUCUUUCAAAAAAAUUAAUAAUCCCUAAGGAGACUUUAUCUUGAAUAUCUGUCACAUUAGGAGUCACCAUUUUCCUAAACUGAGAGAUUUUUAAAAAAUAUAAAUCAAAGCAUGACUUUUAAGUUUACUUCUCCAAAGGUUGUGAGAGACCAGGGAGUCCCCCGCCUCCUCUCCGCCCCUUCAGCGUGUGUGUUUUCUUGUGUAUCUGGAUUUAUUUGUGUUUGUAUAUAUUGUCCACCAGAGCCUGCUUGACUCUUUCUACUAACUAACUGUGCACCCUUCCUAUUUUAUUGAAAGAAUUGUGAAUACUUUGAUGUGGAAAAGGCAACGUGAUUUUUUUUUUUUGUCCACCUUUGGUGUAAAUUAAUAAAUGUUU